UGUAAUUGUUGCUUUGACACGACAGUGCAGCUUCGGAAUCGGAACCCCUCCGACUCGACUGUCACCAUCAAUCACUUCUAGUUCUAGAUAAUGGUUUCUUUGGUUGCUGGUGGAGGAUACGAAGGAUCUUACACGUGUCUUGAGUCACAUUUAUGGACGGAGGUCCGACGUGUCCGUAGCAUCCUUGCUUUGAUCUUUGAAGGUAGACAAGAGUGUACGCUCGAAUCCCUUUGUGAUUGAGUUGUCUAGAGCUGUUGUGGAAAGUGAGUUCAGCAAGGAGUACCCUCCGGGAGAAGACGUCUGCGACAGAGGGCGACAUUGGUCUAGUCGCACGUUCUGACGUUCUACGUCCGACUCUUCACUCCCAGUGCUGUUGGCAUCGACUCAGUACCGUAUCGGCACACCGUCACACGCCACACCGUCGUCAACACCAUGGCAACGGCUUACCUUGCCCAGGCCGUCAGCUGCACGCGCGGCUACCUGCAGCAGACGUCGCAGCGAGCUCAGGACGCCGCGCAGCGCUACGUGCCGCGAGAGCGCCUGGAGCGAUUUGCCCGCCGCUACCCGCUCGCCGCCAGCUUCGCCCUGGCAACGGUGGUGUGCGGCGCGCUACCGAGCGCCACGUUUCUCUCGUUCGUGCUCUUCUCGGCGUGCACGCUCCUCAUAAUGGCGCUAGCCGUCGAGCUAGUCGUUAUCGGCAUAGCGUUUGUGAUCUUCCUCAUCGUGAUGGGUAUUGUGCUGGCACUUGCCGGCGGUCUGACUGUGCCCAUUGCUGUCUUGUGGAUCGGUUACAACACGUAUAGCGGUACGCCCGUGGCAUUUCCGCCGUUUGCUAGUGCUGCGGCGUCGAGUGGCGGCACUAGAAAUAGCGGAAGUGAGCGGGGUGAGGAAACCGGCGGUGACGCUCUCCGCGACUUCAGUGCUGCGCCUUCCAGCUUGUCGGACAAGCAGCACAACCACACGGACUAGAUGAUUUUGUUGGUCACGCGGGGCGGUUCCCUCUUCUUGCCCGCAUGUGUGUGUGUGUAUCUGUGUGUGUGUGUGUGUGUGUUCCCGCAAUAGGCUGUGUUUACCGCCUGCAGACCGAUCUUCGCCUUGUGUUGUUUACUGCCGGUUUACCUGCUCGUUUCUAGCCGGGGGUCUUACUUUGUUUCUCCGGGCACAGCUGGCUACUAGUAUCUGUCACCCGGCGGUGUACUCCAUGCCUUAUGAUUUUCAGAAUUGUUUUUACCUCAAAAUUUCAAAUUCCCACUCAAAUUUUUACCGUUUCAAGUUUCAACCACUAUCGAUUCAGAUUUACGGCAUGAAAUUUCACCCGUCGCGUCUGUUCCUAUCAGAGUUGUAAGUUCAGAUUUAUAGAAAACAUCUUUUGUUGGACCCUGUAAUAUCCAAGGAGUACCUUCUGAUGUUUGGCCAAGACUUGCUUUCCUUUCCCCACGCGCGCUACACAUGCUGCUCAGUCGUACAGUGUCACCUGUUAUACUGUGGGUUUUUUUUUAAUUUUUAUCCUAGGGAACUUUUUUCUGGUGCUCUAUGCUGGUACUCAUCUGUUGCCACUCAUUUGCGAUGCUGAAUUUCACGUCAGUGUUACCGAUUUUUUAAUCCUGAUUUCACUUUUUUCUGUUCUCUUCUAGUUUUCGUUGAGAAUAUUUUUUGGUGUUCACGUGCACAGCCGGCCGUGAAGUGUCUAA